AUAUAUAUAUAUAUAUUCAUAUAUAUUGGCUCCAUAUCAUUAUUACGGAAACUAUAAUAACAACAAUGUCGAUUAUAUCCUUAAAUUUAAUCCCAGAACCUCUCCUGAUCAAAUACAAUUUUGCAGAAGACGCUUAAUUUAAUAUUUGUCAUACUUUAAAUCGAUUUUAUAUGUGUACAUAUAGUAAUCAACUCUACCUGUAAAAUAAACAAACAAAGUGUAUAUAAAUAUAUAUGUGGUUAUGUGUGAAGAUAAACAUAUACAGAACUGCACCGUCUAUUACGGGUUAAAGUUGCAUUAAGAUGGCUUCAAAACAUCUUUGUCAGCCGUGUGAGACGGUAGAUACAUUUGUUCCCGCUGUAAAAUGGUGUACAGAAUGCGAGGAAAAAUUAUGUAAAGAAUGUUUCCAGUUCCACAAAAAAGGUAAAGCGACGAAAAACCAUCAUGUACUUGAUAUAUCGGAAGCCGAUAUCUUUCCAACACUGAAAAACCAACAUUGUUCAAAGCACACUGGUAUGUUGCUGGAUUUAUUUUGCGUCGAUCACGAUUCGUUGUCCUGUAGGCAGUGCAUGACCGAGGAGCAUAGGGCAUGCAACAAGUUGCUGCCUUUGGAUGUAGCGGCGAAAGAUGUUGGUUCAUCUGCGUUAGUCAUUGACCUGUUAAAAGACUUCGAACUUUCAGUAACUGCUUUGUGUUCUAUUGAAACCGCAAUCGAAAAAGAAUUAAAAGUAGAAGAAGAUCAAAGGAUAGCUAAACACAAAGACAUCACUUCUUUAAAGGCUCGUGUAUGUAAACAAAUUGAGGAGUCGGCUUCUGUUCUAGGCGAGAAAAUUGAGACAGUUUCAAAAGAGCAUCGACUUCAUCUACAAAAACAAGAACAUUCCAUCACCGAAUCAAAGGUUUUAAAUAUAAAACACAAAGAGGAAUUAGAAAAGGUUAUUAAAUAUGGAUCAAAUAGCCAAAUAUUUAUCCUUGCCCACGAGCUGAAGUUAUUACAAACAAAAGAGGAAGCAUUGUCUAUCGAUAUAUGUCAAAAACUAGAUAAGAUUGAAAUACAUUUACCCAAGAAGCAUGAACUACCCUCUUCCUCAUUCUUUGGGGAUAUUUCCAUUGAGAAAACGCCGUUAAAUUUACAUGCUAAGUUCAGUAAAGCCCAAGUGGCCGAAAGUAUUCUCCACAAUGAUUCGGUUAAAACAUUAUAUUGCAAGUCUACGAAAAAUUUCAAGUCAAAAAUCAGAGGAAUUGCUAUCACAAAAAACAACGAUGUUCUUAUAUGUAGUGAAUUCGAUUCUACAGUGUUGCGUUUUUUUUCAAAUGGAGAAUUUGACAAUUCAUGUAAUGUAAGUGACAAGGCAUUUAAUAUCUGUGUAAUUGACGAAACUGACGAGGCCGUUAUAACACUUCCACACAUAAGGAAAAUACAGUUUAUUAAGUACAUUCCAAUGAAAGCCGGUAAAACAGUAAACACUUUUCCACAUCCCUGGGGUAUUACGUUGUGUAAAGACAAAUUAAUUGUUGGUACUUUUAAGAAAAUGCAGUUUUUUACCACAGACGGCAGUCCGCUACACAUUGUUGAUGUUCCAUGUGUAGAUAAAACAGCCAUUUGUUACAUGCACAUUGGUGACAAAAACCAAAUAUUUGUGUCGUGCCAUUCUUUCUAUGGUAUUACAGAAGAUGGCAAACUUGUAUUAGAGCACAGUAGACCUCCCAACAGACGAACAUAUGGCAUCUGUGUUGACCGUGAUGGCAGCGUUUAUGUCGCGUCGCAAAAUUCAGUUGUUAGGCUAUCAAAAGAAGGAAAAGUUUUAGACCAGGAUAUUUUAGACAAAGUAAAACAAUACGGUGAUAUAUGGGGUAUAGCAUUUAAUAGAACAUAUACACAGAUGUAUGCCGCUACUAAUGAUGGCCUCCAACUAACAGUUUUUGACUUUAAAUAAGCUAAUUGGUGAUGACAUUAUGAAAGGUCAACAUGAACUAUACUUCAGAAAUCAGUUGUUGAUUGAAAGUUAAUUUGUU